AUGUUUAUUAAUGCAUCUCAAGAUUCGAUUGCUAAUAAUCCUACCAAUGAAAAUGUAGGUUCAUAUAAAAUUGAAGGUAAAAUUACUGUACCACCUGGUGAUAAUGCACUUGAAAAUACAAGAAUCUUAAUUGACGAAGGUGUUUAUGUUGGUGUUCCUCAAGUUGAUGGAACAUUCGUUAUAUGUGGAGUUCCAAGUGGUUCGUACAUUGUUUCUGUUGUUUCACCUCUUCAUGUAUUUGAACCUGUUCGUGUUGAUAUCAAUGCUAAAGGUAAAAUUCGUGCACGUAAAGUUAAUUUUAUUCAACCAGGAGAAGUUGUUACAAUGAAAUAUCCAUUAAAUUUUGAAACACAUGGUAUACCAAAUUAUUUUCAAAAACGGGAAGUUUAUCGAUUAACAGAUGUUAUUAUGAAUCCAAUGUUUUUAACAUUACUUGUUCCAUUAGCAUUAUUAUUAAUUUUACCUAAAAUUGCUUCACAAGAUCCUGAAAUGCAACGUGAUUUUCAACAAGCUAGUAAUUUUCUUCAACCAAAUAUCAAUACACCAGAAAUUGGUGAAAUGUUUGCCAAUAUAUUUGGUGGACCUAAAAAACAAAAACCAACACAACAACAAAUUCAAAGUAAUGCUGCAAAUAGUGGAUCAGUAACAGCACAACAAAAACGAAGAAAUGAAGCAAUUAAUAAACGAAGAAAUUAA